GGCCGGGUUUUGGACAAAUUGGGAUGAACCCAAACUUACUCGAGGUUCAAGGAGUUGGGGCGGGACCAUCCCAGGGGCAAGGAGCAAAUGGAGGGUUGCCACAAUAGGCUCCGCCGCCACAAGGUAACCAAGGACAGGGACACGGUCAAGGACACGGUAAAGGGAGAAAUGGAGGAAGAGGAAAUGGCAAUGGAGGAAGAGGAUUCGGAGGAAGAGGAAACAGUGGACAAGGUGGCAGGAUUGGGGGAGUGCAAUGAAGUGAUAGACGAGAUUGCCUUAAAAUGUCUAGGAUGGAUGGAUUUCAAAGCCGACAUGUGGGCGAAAUAUAGGGAUCUGACAAGGGAUGAAAUCGAGGAUGAUAUCAUUUUCGAUAACACCGACUUGGGUGAUUUUGAGGACAGCAUCCGCCUUUGCUCAGAAAAAAGAAGGUGGGGUGAAAGGAAGAUGUUGGAACAAGUGAUGAGGAGGAUCACACCGAGGGAGUAUGAGGCAGUGAAAAAGAUCAAGGAGGAGUCAGACACCAGGGGGAGCUUCCUUGUCAAAAUGAGAAAGGCCUAUCCCUUGGAGGUGCAGAGACAAAAGAAGAAACAGUUACUUCAGGAGCAGGGAUUGUGGAUUGACAAGAGGGGAGAGAGGAUAGAAAGAAGAGCUCAGAUGGAAGAUAGGGGAAAUAUCACCGCCCCUCAACAGGGGAAUGAUGAGUACAGAGCUCAAGGUGAAGAUGACUCAAUAAAAGAAGACAAGACACAAAUGGGGGAGCAUGAUGGUAAGGAAGUGGAAGGCAAUGGCAAGGCAGGAAAGGUGAAAAAGGGAGACGAGAAGGUGAAGGGAAAGGAGAAGGACAGUGAGAAGAAUGAAAUGGCAGGACCAUCUGAAACUGCAGAAGAGUCUACUUCCAAUGAGUUGAUCCGGUUGAAUGAGCUACCAAGGGACGAUUGUGAAUGGAUCCUUGAGGGGGAGGCAGAAGUGGACGAUAGGUUAAAAGGAGUGAAGGAAGAAAGGAGAAGGGAAUUAGAAGUUCCGUUUCAGGAACUUCAGGAUAGAAUGAAGGAAAAGACAGAGUUGUUCACGCAGGGAGUGGCAAGUCAUGUCCCUGAAAUCCUAAAAGAGACUCAGAGGUUGAGAGCAAGAGAAGAGAAAAAGGACAUGCAGUGGGCAAAGGUGGAAAAGGAGAUGGAAAGUUUAAAAGCAGAAAUGGAAAAGGCAAAGAUUGAACAGGGAAAGAUGGAGGUAAAGGUGGAGGCUCUAAGCAUUGCUCUUGACAACAAGCGUAAAGAGGCGGAGACAGAAAAGAUUGAGAAAGAGAAAUUGGAAAAAGAAGUUGAGCAUGCAGAGACGACAGAGCGGGAGCUGACAUCCAAGCGUGCGGAUCGGAUCAAGGAUAUGUGCCAUAAGGCAGGCAUCAGGUACAUUACGAGGGACCAAACUGUGGAAGAGCUUGUACGCGCGAAGACGGACUUAGCAUACGAAGGGUUGUACGAAGACGGAGAGAGGGCCAGUGAGGUGCGGGAGCAGGUUGGCAUUGAAGAAGUACCGGAGGAGGAGGGUUUGACGGCCCCGAGACCAAGGCGCUCGCGAAGAUCACCAACCACCUCGCCGCCUGAUGAGGACAACAGCUGACUACAUGGCCUCAGUUACACUGCUUUCCUUUGGGAGUACCUCGUGGCUCUCCUAGGAAUACGAGAUGUUAUGAGGCG